GGCUACCUGGUGACCCAGGACGAGCUGGAUCAGACGCUGGAGGAGUUCAAGGCGCAGUUCGGGGACAAGCCCAGCGAGGGCCGGCCCCGGCGCACGGACCUGACGGUGCUGGUGGCUCACAACGACGAUCCCACCGACCAGAUGUUCGUCUUCUUCCCGGAGGAGCCCAAGGUUGGCAUCAAGACGAUCAAGAUGUACUGCCAGAGGAUGCAGGAGGAGAACAUCACCAGAGCGCUGAUCGUGGUACAGCAAGGCAUGACCCCUUCGGCAAAGCAGUCCCUGGUAGAUAUGGCUCCCAAAUACAUCCUGGAGCAGUUCCUGCAGCAAGAGCUUCUGAUCAACAUCACAGAACACGAGUUGGUCCCGGAGCACGUUGUCAUGACAAAGGAAGAAGUAACUGAGCUACUGGCCAGAUAUAAGCUGAGAGAGAACCAGCUCCCGAGGAUACAGGCCGGCGAUCCUGUGGCCCGGUACUUUGGAAUAAAGCGUGGUCAGGUAGUGAAGAUCAUAAGACCGAGCGAGACUGCGGGCCGCUACAUCACCUACAGACUGGUGCAGUGA